AGGGGAUGGGUGUUCCAAUGUGCACUAUAAAUAGAUUUUGCAGUGUUUUACGUCUGUGAUGCAUAGAUGAAUUGUUUUUAAGUGUAGGUUUCUCGUGGUAAAUAUGGGUAGAAGAGAGGAGCCCGCUUGGGCUAAGGGCACUAUAGGGCUGACAGCUGCUAGGGAGCGAGGUGAUGUGACUAGGCAGUUCCAAACUCGCCUUACUGUGACGCGUAGUAUGGUGGAUAGGCUGGGAUUGGAGAAAGAGCUUCAUGGACAUAUGGGAUGCGUCAACUGCUUGGAGUGGAACCACGAUGGAUCAGUCCUCGCAUCCGCAUCAGACGAUCUCCGCGUGAUCCUGUGGGACCCCUUCCGCUAUAAGCUGUUGCAUAACAUAGCCACUGGACACACAGGGAACAUAUUUUCUGUCAAGUUUUUAACCCCCGACGUGAUCGCGACGUGCGCAGCCGACAACACAGUGCGCGCGCGCACCGUGUACGGCGACGCGGCGCUGCUCGAGUGCGCCUGCCACUGUGGCAGGGUUAAACGAUUGGCCACAGCACCUGACAACCCGCAUCUUAUUUGGUCUGCAGCCGAAGAUGGACUUAUAUUGCAACACGAUCUCCGAAUGGCACAUCGCUGUAAUUCAGAUACGGCAAACGUUCUGGUGAACCUGCUCAACCACAUGGGCCGCUACGCCGAGGCCAAGUGCGUGUCGGUCAAUCCACGCCGCCCGUACCAGCUGGCGGUUGGCGCCAACGACUUUUACGUGCGCCUUUAUGAUACAAGGAUGAUAAAACUGGCCAAGUUACAGGCGAGCGCGCCGCCGUCGCGGCAGUGGGAGCGGCAGAACCUGCGCUGCUCCCGCGCAGGACACGGCGACCCCGACAACAACAUUCCGCAGCACUCCGUCACGUACUACGCGCCAGGUCACCUGUCUAUGGAGCCAAAUGAACACACGUUCCCGAAGAAAGCGACGACGUACGUCGCCUUCAGUCACGACGGAAACGAGCUGCUCGUCAACUUGGGGUCGGAACAGGUGUACCUAUUCGAUAUCAAUUCAGCACCCCGCCCGGUCCUGGUAGAGAGCUUUAUCAUCCAGCAGAAUCACAGCCACCGUGAUGAUGAUAAAACUGAUCAGCCGAAGAACGGCACUACCAGCGCCAACGGCACCACCAGUGGUACCAACGGCACUACCGACCAACUGCUGCCUGACAGGGUCAGAGAGAUCAAGGAGAUGGCGAACGACCUGGUGAAUAAAGGCAACUACUCAACGGCGGUGGACUUCUACAACAACGCGAUAGCGGAGUGCCCGUACUGCGCCAUCCUGUACUCCAACCGCGCCGCAGCACUGAUGCGAAGGGCGUGGUCCGGCGACACGUACGCGGCCAUCAAGGACUGCUACCGGGCUAUCAAGCUGGACCCCACGCACGUCAAGUCGCACUUCCGCCUCGCCAAGGCGCUUAUGGAGCUGCAGCGGCCGCGGGAGGCCAGCGAGUGCCUCAAGUACUUCAAGGACAAAUUCCCGAGGCACGCAACAAGUCACGCGGUAUUCCUGCUGCAAAAAGACAUCACAGUCGCACUCGACAACAUCGAACGGCAACCAGAUGACGUUCGUAAUUCUAAUGACGAGGACAGCCAAUCAACGAGCCUCCUCGAACGCGAACUGCGCAAAACAGCAUUGGAUUACAAGCACCGGUUCGUGGGGCACUGCAACACGACCACGGAUAUCAAAGAGGCUAACUUCCUUGGACCGGACGCAAAUUACAUUGCUGCCGGUUCCGACGACGGCAGCAUGUUCAUCUGGUGCCGCAAGUCGGGCAACAUAAUACGCUGUCUGCGCGGCGACGAAUCCAUUGUGAACUGUAUCCAGAUGCAUCCUUCCAUGUUCCUACUAGCCACCAGCGGGAUCGAGGCGGUCGUCCGGCUUUGGAGUCCCAGGCCAGAGGACGGGUCGUGCGAGAAGCGCGUGGUGCGCGACGCGGGCGCGGCGGCGCACGCCAACCAGCAGCGCAUGCGCAGCGACCCCUUCGAGGCCAUGCUGCUCAACAUCAGCUUCGCGGGCGGGCCCGACCGCGACCUGCACUCGCCGGCCUGCCGCACCACGUAAUUGACGUCGUCGAAGUCCAUCGACACUUAUUGGGUUUGAUUCAUCACAUUGUAAAUAACAUUUUAUAUCAUUGUUGAUCUUUGUUCAGUCUCGCUUUCGAUUUGAAGCAUAUCGAAAUGCUCUAACCUCUACUCGUGACCGGCGAAAGGGUGCGCUUCGGUAAACGUGCCUAAAUAUUUGGCAAAAAGUAAUAAAUAUCAUAGUUGAAAAAUGUUGAAGCUUGUUUUUAUUCGUGUUAAAGAUCAAAAUACAGUAACCUGUAACUGGCGUUUUGGUAGCUGGCGGUCCGAUAGUUGACACGUCUGUACGCGGCAUGCUCGUAGCUUACAUACCUGCGGCUAGGGGACCUAUGGCUGGCAUACCUUUUAUGUACAUAUACAUGCCAAUUACCUUAAACCGACCUGUCACGGACAGCCGGGGUGCCAGUUACAGGUGUGUGCAUAUUGGACUGCACCAUUAAACAUCGGUAAACGUCGAAUGUGUAUUGCGUGGACUGUAGCGAUACCUUUUACUUUUCAGUUAAUGGCAAAACAAGUGAAUGUUGUAGAUUGUGUUUAUGAUGGAAAGGAGACAAAGUUGGUUAAUUAGUAUUUAUUACGGUAUGUGUAUAGUGGUGUAAUUCAAUUCGUUUUCGCUGUGUUAUUUAUUAAUUUUUGCCUGCACUAACUAUGCGACCCUAGUGCGAGUUCUCGUUUCCUAUAGAAUGGUGCCAAGUUUGUUUUUUUCAAUUUAAAUGAUGUCAGUAAUUAAAAAUGAUGAUUCGAAUAGUUAAACUAAUAAACAUACUGUUUAUAAAGGGUGUAACACAGUUUCAUAAUUGCAACCACGAGCUCUAAUGUGGUCCGAUCAUUUUGGGUGAACUCUGUAUAAAAUUCUUGAAGGGCCUCAUUCUUAAAGCGAAAAGAUUAUGAAAUAACCAUUUAGGUUUGUUAUUUUCAAUAACAGCUGUUCAAACAUGUUCAAAUACUUUGAAUUUUCCAUAAAAUAAAUCUGCAAAAAAGUUUUUACUUUAUCUAUCGACCGCUAGGGGCGCUACCCUAUUGUGCAACGCCUCUAGCAGUCAGUAGAAUAAUGAAAAUUUUUCGAUACACUUUGUUUGAAAUUGCUAGUUAAGUAAUGGAAAGCUUAGCUCGCCAUCUUUGCUUAGUUGAAGUUAAAGCUCCUUUUAUGAAUCUCACUCUGAGAAUGAGUCCCUGAAGUUCAAAGCUACCCAAUCUACACUGUUAUGUUAAUAGCAAUUUAAGUUUUUGGAGUAAACUCAAAAUUUUAUUUUUAAAAUUCCUUUAGUUGUCCGAAGUUAUUUACCUGUGAAUAUAUUUUAAUUGUAAAUAAAAUACUAGCAUAUUAUACUGGCAUCAUUAAAAUAAUGAUUAAAAUUCCAAAUUAAUGAUGUUUAGUUCUCAUCACAAUGGAGUGCCUGAAUUUAUUUAUUUAAUACUACGUUUCGGCAUUUCCAUGUUGAUAAUCAUAAUUUGAUAAUCAUAGAAUAUUGAUAAAUCAGUAAUUCAUCUUUAUACAUUAGUGAAUUUAGCAGCGAUUAUAAGAAUAAAGAGG